GCAGUCUGACGGGAUGAACUCUGACCCGGAAGCACUUCCCACAAUCGGCAUCUAACAACACGGAUGUGCCGUUAGCAUCUCUGCUAGCUGCCAACCAAGUCGGGGGAGUUGUUUUAUUACAACUGACACCUGAACACAGACGAAGCGACGCGGGUCGGUUCUGUUGUCUCGAGCUCUCGAGGAUCCACGUGUCGAGACGUUCAAACAGCACCGGGCGUCACCGACGCGCGUUAGCUUAGCGCUGCUAACCGAGGCCGGAGGCUGCACCGUCUGUGUUUCAGCUAACGUGGAUGUUUUGGUAGGAAGCAGAAACGAGCUCACAGCUGUGGUUUGACCAGCAGCCGCCGUGCAGGGGCAUGCUAACUCCACCGACACGUGGUAUCAGUGUAGGGUUGAUGGUUUAGCUCGGCAGGAGAUUGACCCAAGAGAAAAAAGGAGCUAGCAGCCAUGGACGAUUUCAGCUCGAUCAGCCUGCUGUCUCUGGCCAUGUUGGUGGGAUGUUACGUGGCCGGGACGAUUCCUCUGGCCGUCAACUUUUCAGAGGAGAAGCUGAAGCUGAUCACGGUGCUGGGAGCUGGGCUCCUCUGUGGGACUGCACUGGCUGUGAUCAUCCCUGAAGGGGUCCACGCACUUUAUGAAGAAAUCCUUGAAAGUGGGCAUCAAAGUCCCAGCCAGGUCAGGGAUGUGGAAGUGUCCGACUCGAAGGUUAAAGUCGAAGCUCUCGGCGUCAUUGAGAAACACGAACAUGAACACGGUCACGAGCAGCUUCACGCCUGCAUCGGAGUGUCUCUGGUUCUGGGCUUCGUCUUCAUGCUGCUGGUGGAUCAGAUAGGCAGCUCUCACGUGCACAACACUGAAGAUCCAGAGUCAGCGAGAGCCAACUCAUCAAAAAUCACCACCACCCUGGGUCUUGUGGUCCACGCUGCAGCUGACGGAGUGGCGCUUGGAGCUGCAGCCUCGACCUCUCAGACCAGCGUUCAGCUCAUUGUUUUUGUGGCUAUCAUGCUGCAUAAGGCCCCAGCAGCGUUUGGUCUGGUGUCUUUCCUGAUGCAUGCUGGUCUUGAGAGGAACCGCAUCCGCAAACAUCUCCUGGUCUUCGCCCUGGCGGCACCUGUCCUCGCCAUGCUCACAUUUUUAGGCCUCAGUCAAAGCAGCAAAGAGGCCCUGUCAGACAUCAACGCCACCGGUGUCGCCAUGCUCUUCUCCGCCGGCACCUUCCUGUACGUAGCCACCGUCCACGUCCUCCCUGAGGUGGGGGGCGGCGGCCACAGCCACGCUGCCGCGGGAGGCAACGGAGGGAAAGGAUUGAGCAAGGUGGAGGUGGUAGCUCUGGUGCUGGGCUGCCUCAUUCCUCUGGUGCUGUCUGUCGGUCACCACCAUUAGACCCCAGCUCAGGAUGGAUUUCAGACGGGUGUACAGGGGAACGAACUUUGUGGAUAUAAAUGUCUUAUUGCUUGUCGGCUGAUGGAUCUCGUGGACCAGACUCGUUUCGGGCGCAUCUAAUGACUCAAAACUGAAGUGACAGGGAGUGAAUGACGUUCGGGAGGUGAGAGUUGUUGCAGUGAAAACUAAAUCACACAACACGGUGGUUUUCUUCUGACACGCACGAGCGAUCGUGGCUCAGCUGCUGCACGUGUUGAUCCUUUUCUGACGGAGGCCACGGGACGACUCAGUCGCUCAGUCUAUUCACGUCACUGUGGAGUUUUCAGUGUCGCUUUACCGUUGCUUGUCCAAAGUCAAAGAAUCAACCCUGAUUUCGAUUCUGUGAUGUUUUGCUUGACGGCUGUUGCACAGUGAGAUUUAGAUCAAGAUCGUGAUACUGAGAAAGAAAACCUUUUUUUAAAUUCUGUGUAAUUGUACAGCUCUCUUAAAAUACAGAAUCAUUUGAACUGAUUGCCAAGUGCCAUAUUUGCGAGUUUGAAACAGACCCCGAUGAAAUGACGCCGAACAGUUUGUAGAAACUUUCUCGGCCUGACGGGAAACUGCGUGUUGAUGGACACUUGUGUGUUUUCUACAAAUGAACACGUUCAGAUUUAUGGUCCAUCCAGUUUAAACCAGGUCGACUCUUCUAUUUGACCCGAUAAGAUUCUGGAUGUGUUCAUUUCUGUUCUGUUUUACCUGGAGAUGAAUCAUAAACUGUUGUUAGGAAAACUCUGUAUUGAAAAGUGACUGUGUGCUUUGUGUGGAGGUGGAGGGUGAUUCCAGCAGAACUGAAUGAGCUAGUGAACGUUCCUCAAGGUCAUUAACUCGCUGAACUCACGUAGGGACCAUCGGCUCAGGAGGACGGACAUAGUACAGAUUCUUUUGGAAACUUUUAUUUUGUUUGCUCCUGGAAGAUUUAUUGAUUAUUACCUGAGCAAUAAAUGUAAAAAAAAAAAAGAAAAGUCGCUUUUUUUCUCCGGACUGCAUCCGAGUCUUAAAUGUGAUUGGCACACAGAGACCCGCCUCCCUCCGCUGAUGUUGACGCAUUCAAACGUCAGCAGGCUCCUCCCUCUUCUAUCAGGACUCAUGGAUGUUGUGAGUCUGAAUCACUGAUCCUGCUCCAAGCAGCGCUCAUGUGUUUGUACAUGUAUGUUAUUCACAGCAACUUCUUCCUUCCACGAUUAUCAUCAUCUCCUGUGAGAUGAUGAAACUGCUUUUAAUUUAAUAUUUUUAUUUUGAGAGGGACGGAGUUUGCAGCACAGACAAAGAAGGUGACAGACGAUCUCUGUUCAAUGUGUAAAUUUAAAGAUCUUAAACUCGACUUGUUAAUUCUAAACUUCAGUGACGAGAGGAAGGAAGAGGUGGCGGUUUCUCUUCCUGGCGUGUUUGAGAGAGAGAACGUGGCGAGUCGCGUGCAGACCAGCAGCUGCACGACUGUUUUAUUUUUUAUGAAAUACAAAAGGGAAAAAAAAAAAAACAUUGUCCGACAUCAUGAGUGUGCAAUUUCAGUUAAAGCCCUGCUGAGAUUUCAUGGUUUUCAAUUCCUGAAAUGAAUCCAGAGUUCACUGGUGUAUUGUGAGUCCAAGAAACCAAAAUAUAUUCAUGUAAUAUUCAGUUAAUGUGGUGGAAAUAUCACAAAACCGGAAAAUCCUCACAUUUCACAAACUGGAAUCCUUGAUUCCUUCUUACAAGAAGCUAACAGUUAUAUUCUCUGUUCAUGUGUGUGUGUGUUCGAUGCAUCAUUAAUCCAAACUUCUAUCCCAAAGUUUUUCUCUAAAUAUUCUGACUUAAUACACAUUUAUUAAGAGUUUAACAUGAUUACUCAUCAGGACUGUGGCUGAAGGAUCGUCAGGUUUGAAAGAUCAAGUUAAAAUAAGCAUCAGAUCCAACCUCUGUUUAUAUUUUGUUAUCAGAGCUGUUAAAAGUUCAUUCAUGGAUACACAGCGAGAUGAUAAACUAUGAUUCACCACAGUGAGAUGUUUAAAAACCUGCUCCAGUUAAUUGUUUCUGAAUAAAUAAAAACCUCUUUGAUCAUCUGAAUCACCAAGCGAGAGAAAAGUGGAUGUUUAGGACAAACUUGGUUUUAGGACAGAGACAGUUUGUUUAAUUGUAUUUUUGAAUAUGUGUUUAACUUUUUUUUUUUAAUUGAGUGAAUUUAAAGAUGCAAGAUACUGGGAUUUGAUUGGCCGUUAGCACCUGCCCUUCAAAGUAAAAUAAUGUAAACUAGUACUUUAAUCCUCUGUUUGUCAGGUCAAAUAUUUAGUGUAUUUAUUAGACGUUAAAUUCACUUUGUUUCAGGUCUCAUCACACAUCUAGAUAAAUAGGAAAGUUUUUCAGAACUGUAAAAUAUCUGCAGGUGAACUUUUAAAACGAUCGAUUCUUACAAACCAGAAGAGACGACGUCACGUGUUGAAUCCAGAGAGUUUUGGGAUCAGAUUAAUAUCUGGAAUUGUUCCCGUUGGCGUUUUUCCUUAUUCUAUUUCAUUUUCUGCCAUUCCAGAAUGAGUCUGCCUUAUUUCCAUAUUUCUGAUUGUGAAAAUCAGUUGUAAAGCAACGUGUUUUAUGACGAUAAAAUAAAAGGUUUUUUAACUGGU